GUUAACACAACAACAUGUUGAAUCUAUCAUUUCACUGUCACAGACUCAGAGUCAGUUUUCUACCUGUGGACUGUAGAGAGAAGAAGAGUCAGGACAAACUUCUGUCCUCACACGGACACACAAGUAAAGCAGGAAGUGUGUGUUAUGUUGUGUCGUGUCGUGUUGUGUUGUGUUGUGAGUCGAUGGAGUCGGAUCCUGUCUGUGUGUCAUUUUAACUCUGGGUCCAGACUGUGAGCCUCUGGUGUUGAACUGAACUUGUUGACGAGUUGUUUCCAUGAUGUUUACAUGAGUCUGAUGAACUGGAUUCAAACCAACACCCAUUGACGUCAUGUACUGGUUAUCAGGACCUGAUCAGAACACGAAGGGGUGGGGCCCAUGCCUCUCCUUAGCCCCACCCCUUCUUUACCGCUGUAGCGGAGACGUGUCCUGUGGGGUCGAGUGGGUGGAGCCGAGGGGCGGGGCUCUAUACCUGUCCAAACCGGUCCUGACAGAUAACUCACUUCGAACGGAGGGGGUACCCAGAAUGCCUUGCGAGUCACCGGCCACCUGGGAGAGAGAUCCGUUAAUGUAGUAUUUCCUCCAUUAAUAACAAUUUAAAAAUUACAUUAAUGACUGUAACAUCUUAGUUUAUUAAUAUUUCAAUGUUUUAUGGUCACUUAUGUUUUUUUAAGAGUUCCAAACAACCCUAAAAAAACACUAUCGUUAGCAUACUAGCGUUAGCAUGCUAACUAGAUGACUAUUGAGAAUGUAACGGCUUCUUGAAGGACUGUCUCUAAUCGCAGGGGAAGUUCCAACCACAACCCUGUGUGACACACACACACAUACACACACACACACACGCACACACACACACAGAGUCACGUGAUUUCCAGUAACUGCCGAGCAGGGGCGGAGCUGCCAGUGAAAGUGAAAGUGUUCAGACUUAGUUUUAUCUGUAAGGAGCAGAGGACACGUGAAGUCUGAGGCUGACUGAAGAUGAGUGGAUCUAAGGAGGAAGAGGACAGAGCAGAGUCUCCAGGGUCCAGCUGUGUGUCUCUGCAUAGUGACAUGUCCAUAGAUCAUCCUCUGUUGUUCAGUAAAGAACCUGGACCCUCACACACAAAACAUGUUUGUGUUUGCAGAGGUCAGGACCACAGACUGAGAGCAGAGUCUCCAGGGUCCAGCUGUCUGUCUCUGAGGAGUGACAUGUCCAUAGAUCAUCCUCUGUUGUUCAGUAAAGAACCUGGACCCUCACACACAAAACAUGUUUGUGUUUGCAGAGGUCAGGACCACAGACUGAGAGCAGAGUCUCCAGGGUCCAGCUGUCUGUCUCUGAGGAGUGACAUGUCCAUAGAUCAUCCUCUGUUGUUCAGUAAUGAACCUGGACCCUCACACACAGAACAUGUUUGUGUUUGCAGAAGUCAGGACCACAGACUGAGAGCAGAGUCUCCAGGGUCCAGAUGUCUGUCUCUGAGGAGUGACAUGUCCAUAGAUCAUCCUCUGUUGUUCAGUAAAGAACCUGGACCCUCACACACAGAGGAGAGGAAGAGGAGUCAUGUUUCUGAGGAGGAGCAGUCGUCCUGCUGUGCUUCGUGUCAGGACGUCCUGAAGGAUCCAGUCUCCACCAGCUGUGGACACUGGUUCUGCAGACAGUGCAUCACCUCAUACUGGGACCAGUCUGGUUCUUCAGGAGACUCCUUCUGUCCCCAGUGUGGACAAAGAUCCAGAACAGGAGCUGGAGGUCAGACAGCCGCAGAUCGUGGUCUGCAGGAGGUUUCAGAUGAACAUAAGCUCAGUGUGAGGAGGACAUGUGAACAUGUGACUGAAGGAAGUGAUGAAACAGGAAGUAGAACCCUCCUCAACAGGAUAUACACUGAGCUCCACAUCACAGAGGGACAGAGUGAAGAGGUUAAUACUCAACAUGAGGUGAGGCAGCUUGAGACGGCUUCCAAGAUGAAGAUCCUCCAGGACACUCCCAUCAAGGUCCACGACAUCUUUAAAGCCUCCACUGACCAGCAGAGCAGCAUCAGAGUCGUCCUGACCAACGGCGUCGCUGGAGUUGGAAAAACCUUCUCGGUGCAGAAGUUCACUCUGGACUGGGCAGAGGGUUUAGAGAACCAGGAUGUGGGUCUGCUGGCUGUGCUUUCGUUCAGGGAGCUGAACCUGGUGAAGGACCAGCAGCACAGUCUUCUCACGCUGCUCCAUGUUUUCCAUCCAGAGUUACAGAAGCUCACGGCAGAGACGCUCGCUGUCUGUAAACCUUUGUUCAUCUUUGACGGCCUGGAUGAAAGCAGACCUUCUCUGGACUUCAACCACAGGGAGCUUGUGUCUGAGGUCACACAGAGGUCAUCAGUCAACGUGCUGCUGACAAACCUCAUCCGGGGGAAUCUGCUUCCCUCGGCUCUCGUCUGGAUAACCUCCAGACCUGCGGCGGCCAAUCAGAUCCCUCCUGCAUGUGUUGACAGGGUCACAGAAGUACGAGGCUUCACUGACGCCCAGAAGGAGGAGUACUUCAGGAGGAGGUUCAGUGAUGAAGAGCUGUGCAGCAGAAUCAUCUCACACAUCAAGACGUCCAGGAGCCUCCACAUCAUGUGUCAAAUCCCAGUCUUCUGCUGGAUCAGUGCUACAGUUCUGGAGCACAUGUUGACCACAGACCAGAGAGGAGAGCUGCCCAAGACCCUGACUGACCUGUACUCACACUUCCUGCUGGUUCAGACAAAGAGGAAGAACAACAAGUACGGUGAGGGACAUGAGACGAGUCCACAGCAGCUGACGGAGGCUGACAGGGAUGUUCUUCUGAAGCUGGGGAGGCUGGCACUUAAACAUCUGGAGGAAGGAAACCUCAUGUUCUACCAAGAAGACCUGGAGCGGUGUGGUCUUAAUGUCACAGAGAGGCCUCGGUGUACUCAGGAGUUUGUACUGAGAUCUUCAGAAGAGAGUGUGUGAUCCUCCAGAAAUCAGUCUACUGCUUUGUUCAUCUGAGCGUUCAGGAGUUUCUGGCUGCAGUCUACAUGUUCCACUGUUACACCAAGAGGAACACAGAAGAACUCAACAACUUCUUGGGAACAUAUGGGGACACAGACAUUACCUUCUCCCU